UUUCAUUUAACUCUUAUUGUCACUUUCAUUCUAUUAUUCAACUAUUGUCAUUUAACUCUUAUUGUCAUAUUCCUUCUAUUAUUUAACUUGUGAGGUCCUUUAUCUCUGUGUAAUAUUCCUUCUAUUUAACUAUUAAUUUUUUUCAUUUCACUCUUGUCACAUUCCUCCUAUUUAACUCUUACUGUCAUCAUCCUUCUAUUUAACUUUUUUUGUCACAUAACUAUUUUGACUUGUUAUAUUCCUUGUAUUAUUGAACUAUUUUUGUCAUUUUACUCUUGUCAUCUUCUACUAUUUCACCCUUUUUGUCAUUUAUCUCUUAUUGUCAUCUACCUUCUAAAAGUUAACUUAUUUUGUCAUCUUCCAUCCAUCAUUUAACUGUUAUUGUCAUUUUUGUCACCUAACUUAUUAUUGUCAUUUUACUCCUAUUGUCAUCCAACCGUUAUUAUCUAACUAUGACCGUCUAACUCUUCUCUCAUUUUCCAUCUCAGCUUGAGUGCGGAAUGUGUUGCUCCCCGCCUUGAGAGACGGCAACUUUUCCAUCCAGACAGCCACAGCAUUAGCUUCUGGAUGUUCUUGCUGGGGAUCCCGACAAGAAGUGCGUUGCAGUAGUCGAGCCUGGAGGAGACAAAGGCGUGACGGGCCUCUCGGCAUCAGAGAGAGUUCUCCUCCCUCCCCCGUCCCCGCCCCCGCCGCAGCCCGUCUCUGGCAGAGGAGAAAAGGUGGUUGAGGUCCUCACAUCUCGUCUGGUGCUGACAGCGGCAACAUGUCGCCCUUCCUGCGCAUCGGCUUCUCCAAGUUUGAGAUAGACCCCGGCCUGGCGUACCACGAGGAAGUCCUCAACCCGUACUGUGCCGUCUACAUGAAGGAGGCCGUCGAUACAGAAAAGGGUCAGGUGUACAAGCAGAAGAAGCCCACCAUGUACCCACCCUGGAGCACCACCUUCGACGCGCACGUGCACCAGGGGCGCAUCAUGCACGUGAUGGUGAAAGACCGCACGGCCGAGUUGAAGUCCGAGACCACCGUCGCUCUGGACUCGCUGGCGACUCGCUGCAAGCAGGAGACCGGCAAGCUGGAGAUAUGGUUGGACUUGAAGCCGCAGGGCCGCCUGUUGAUGGAAGCCAAAUAUUAUCUGGAGAAAAGUGACGCGUCGGGGAAGGCCGAAGGCGAGCCGGACCGGGAGGGUCUGUUUGCCCUCCACCAGCGACGCGGCGCUAUCAAACAGGCUAAAAUUCACCUGGUUAAAUGCCACGAGUUCAGCGCCACCUUUUUCCCCCAGCCCACCUUCUGUUCUGUCUGCAAGGAGUUUGUCUGGGGUCUCAACAAGCAAGGUUACCAGUGCAGACAGUGCAACGCAGCCAUCCACAAAAAAUGCAUCGACAAAGUCAUUGCCAAAUGCACGGGGUCGGCCAUCAACAGCAAAGAAACCAUGAUCCACAAAGAGCGCUUCAAGAUCGACAUGCCGCACAGGUUCAAAGUGUAUAACUACAAGAGUCCCACCUUCUGUGAACACUGCGGGACCCUUCUGUGGGGGCUGGCCAAGCAGGGUCUGAAAUGUGAGGAGUGUUGCAUGAACGUCCACCACAAGUGUCAGAAGAAGGUGGCCAACCUGUGUGGAGUCAACCAGAAGCUGAUGGCAGAAGCGCUGGCCAUCAUUGAGAGCAAACAGCAGGCCAGGACCAGCAGAGAAGGUGACAUUGUCGGCCGAGAAGGUCCAGUGGGUGUCAGCCAGCCGGGAAUGAUCCGAGCGCCGAUAGCAGACGACUUGGCGAGUAAAGAGUUGCAGGGUGUGUCCUGGGAGGGGCCGGCAGACACUGGCGAGCUGCCAGUCGACCAGGAGAAGAAGGAGGAGCCUAUAUACAUUUUCCCAAGAAAGGAUCAGCCCAAAUUUUCCAUCGACGACUUUGUUCUGCACAAGAUGCUCGGCAAGGGCAGCUUUGGCAAGGUUUUUUUAGCCGAGCUGAAAAAUAGCGGGCGUUUUUUUGCAGUCAAGGCUCUGAAGAAGGAUGUGGUUCUGAUGGACGACGAUGUGGAGUGCACCAUGGUGGAGAGGAGGGUCCUCUCUUUAGCCUGGGAAAACCCCUUCCUCACACACCUGUACUGCACCUUCCAGACAAAGGAGAACCUGUUUUUUGCCAUGGAGUACCUGAACGGAGGCGAUCUCAUGUUCCACAUCCAGAACUGCCACAGGUUUGACCUGCACAGAUCCACCUUUUACGCGGCUGAGAUCGUCUGCGGCCUCCAGUUCCUGCACUCCAAAGGAGUCAUUUAUCGGGACCUGAAGCUGGACAAUGUGCUGCUGGACUCCGAGGGACACAUCAAGAUUGCAGACUUUGGCAUGUGCAAGGAGACCAUGCAGGAGGAGUCGAGGACGUCCACCUUCUGUGGGACCCCGGACUACAUCGCCCCCGAGAUCCUGCUGGGCCAGAAGUACAACAGUUCAGUGGACUGGUGGUCCUUCGGGGUCCUGCUGUACGAGAUGCUUAUCGGCCAGUCCCCCUUCCACGGCCGGGACGAGGAGGAACUCUUUCAGUCCAUACGCACCGACAACCCCGUGUACCCCCGCUGGCUCACCAAAGACACCAAGGACAUCCUGGUCCAGCUGUUUGUCAGAGAACCUGAGGGGCGCCUGGGAGUGAAGGGCGAUAUCAGGAAGCACAGCUUCUUCGGCGACAUGGACUGGAACGCGCUGGAACUUCGGCAGGUGGAGCCGCCCUUCAAGCCGACCUUGACAUCUCCCAGCGACUGCAGCAACUUCGACCAAGAGUUCACCAACGAGAAGCCCCGCCUGUCGUGUGCCGACCGCACGCUCAUCAACAGCGUGGACCAGACCGUGUUCAGUAACUUCUCCUUCGUCAACCCGGGCGUGGCCCGCACGGCCCUGCGCUGAUCACAUGACUCAGCACUCGGACUAGUGUAAAUACAUGAAACAACACACGAGUGUGUUGACCUGGAAGACAAAACACUGACUGCUGAUGUCCGGUCUAGUUCAGUGGUCCUCAAAGUUUCUUCACCCGGUAGUACUGACCACCAUUAAAACACAGUAGUCCUAAGUAUUCAUUAAAAACAAGGCGACGGUUGUAUUUAACAAGCAUACCAUAUUUCCUUGAAUUGCCGCAGGGCAUAUAGUACGCGCCUGCCUUGAAUUACCGCCUGGUCAAACUCGUGAUAUCACGAGUGACACUUCCCCUGUCAUCAUUUUCAAAAUGGAGAAGUCUGAUUUCAAUACCGGGAAUUUGAAAUCCCAUAAAGGGAAUAAGAUUAAAAGCUAUUCAGUAGGAUUUAAGGUCCAAGCUUACAUCACACUCAAAUUUUUACUGCAUGCCUUUGGUAAGUGCCAGAGUGAGAAGAGGUUUUGAAAUAAUUAGCCCAUGCUUACUUUUACCGCAUGCCUUUGGUAAGUGCCAGAGUGAGAAGAGGUUUUGAAAUAAUUAGCGCAUGCUUACUUUUACCGCAUGCCUUUGGUAUGUGCAGGAGUGAGAAGAGGUUUUAAAUUAAUUAGCGCCCCGGCGGCAAUUCAAGGAAAUACGGUAUUUAAUAUUCGGGCCACUGUAAAAUUAUAUAUUAUAAAACACUGUACUUUCAUCAAGUGAUUUUUUUUGAGAAUCACUGGUCUAGUUGAGUACAUAAAUGUAAUCCUACUAUGUAACUAAAAGUAGCAAACGUAACCACCUGUGAAGCUCUGCUUUGACUUCUCUCUUGUGUGUCAGAUCCCAGGAUGUCAUUGUCUUUGCAGCCCUUUGAGACAUUUAGGAUUGAGGGCUAUGUACUGUAAGUAAUCUUUGAAUUAUUGAUUGACUGAUUGAAGCAGCGUCCUCUGCAGUAGACAUUCGUUUCAGGUCGUCCUAACGUCCACUGCGGAGGACGCUGCUUCCUUGUUGUGUCAUACUCUGCUGCACUCGCUGUUUUUGUCAAGAAUCCCAAUAGAAGUCAUUGUGUUAACCACACCUACUUUUUGUUUACAUUUGCUUUUGGGGCCUCCGAAGUGUUGAGCUCGUCGGGGGGGAAAAAUAAAAUGUCCUAAUUG